AUGAAAAUCAUUUCAAUCCUAAAGAUAAUUUCUUGUCUAGGGAUAGUUUCAGCUAGCCCUCGUCUUAAGUAUAACUCAAUUUUUAGCUUUGGGGACUCAUAUGCUGACACAGGAAAUUUUCUCCUUUCAGGAGCCCUUGCAUAUCCAGUCAUUGGAAAGCUUCCUUAUGGCGAAACUUACUUUCAUCGUGCCACCGGACGUUGCUCUAAUGGCCGUCUUGUAGUCGACUUCAUUGCUGAGGCAUAUGGAUUACCUUAUCUGCCACCAUAUUUGGCACUUGCUAAAGGUGACCAGAAAUUCGAGCAUGGAGGGAAUUUUGCAGUUGCUGGAGCUACUGCAAUAGACGCAAAAUUUUUCUAUGAUCGCAAGAUUGGACAGCUCUUGUGGACAAAUGAUUCAUUGAGUGUUCAACUUGGGUGGUUCAAGAAGCUCAAAUCUACACUUUGUUCCACGAAAGAAGAUUGUGCGAAGUAUUUCGAAAGAUCUCUAUUUCUCGUGGGUGAGAUCGGUGGCAAUGACUACAACUAUCCAUUUUUUGUUGGCGGAACCAUUAAACAACUUAAAGCUCUUGUCCCACUGGUAGUUGAAACCAUUGUUGCUGCCACUAGUAUGUUGAUAGAAGGAGGAGCAGUAGAAUUAAUAGUACCAGGAAACUUGCCAAUUGGUUGCAUUGCUGCGUAUCUAACCUUGUUUAGAACACCGAAUAAAUCAGCUUAUGAUCAAAAUGGCUGCUUAAAAGCAUAUAAUGCUUUCUCCGAGUACCACAAUUCUCAGCUCAAACUUGCCCUGGAGACAUUAAGACAAAAAUACCCCCAUGCAAAAAUUAUUUACGCUGAUUAUUAUGGAGCUGCCGAGAGAUUUUUCCACUCCCCCAAGCAUUAUGGAUUUUCCGAAGGGGCUCUAGUGGAUUGUUGCGGAGGGGGUGGGCCAUACAAUUUCAACAAUUCAGCGAGGUGUGGGUACCCUGGAUCAAGAGCCUGUUUGGAUCCAUCAACUUAUGCAAAUUGGGAUGGAAUCCAUUUAACUGAAAGUGCCUACCGACAUAUAGCUAUGGGUUUGGUUAAUGGGCCCUUCACUUCUCCACCUCUAACAUUUCCUCCAUUAUAUGAUUUUUGA